CCGGACUUUUAUUCUGAAAUGAAACUUCCGGUUAGGCAAACGCAGAUCGGCGGUAGCUGUUGAAGGAGGCAGAGCAUUUCUCAUCAGCGUGUUCCUGUUAAGCUGACAAAACGUCUUACGCAAUGAGAGGAGAUCGUGGCAGGGGCCGAGGUGGCCGAUUCGGCUCCCGCGGAGGUUUGGUCCAAGGGUAUCGGCCCUUUGUUCCUCACAUACCAUUUGACUUCUAUGUUUGUGAGAUGGCCUUUCCUCGAGUGAAGCCGGCUCCUGACGAGACUGCUUUCAGUGAGUGUCUGCUGAAGAGGAACCAAGAUCUUUCUCCUAACCCUUCUGAACAGGCUUCCAUUUUGUCCUUGGUCACUAAGAUUAACAAUGUCAUUGACAACCUAAUCGUGGCACCUGGAAACUUUGAAGUGCAAAUUGAGGAAGUAAGACAAGUGGGAUCGUAUAAAAAGGGCACCAUGACGACAGGACACAAUGUAGCUGACCUUGUGGUUAUCCUGAAGAUCUUACCCACCUUGGAAGCUGUCGCUGCUUUGGGAAACAAAGUAGUUGAUACCCUGCGUACACAGGACCCUUCUGAGGUACUGUCCAUGCUGACCAACGAGACAGGUUUUGAGAUCAGCUCUGCUGAUGCCACGGUAAAAAUCCUCAUCACCACGGUUCCACCCAACCUGCGCAAACUGGACCCAGAGCUCCACUUGGACAUCAAGGUUCUGCAAAGUGCUCUGGCAGCCAUUCGUCACGCUCGCUGGUUUGAGGAGAAUGCUUCUCAGUCAACUGUGAAAGUUUUGAUCCGCUUGUUGAAAGACGUUCGAGCCCGGUUCCCUGGAUUUGAACCUCUCACUCCCUGGAUCCUGGAUCUGCUGGGUCACUCUGCUGUCAUGAACAACCCCUCUAGGCAGCCAUUGCCACUCAAUGUUGCUUACAGGCGCUGUCUUCAGAUGCUCGCUGCAGGUCUUUUCCUGCCAGGUUCUGUAGGGAUCACUGAUCCGUGUGAAAGCGGGAACUUCCGUGUUCACACUGUCAUGACACUGGAGCAGCAGGACAUGGUGUGUUUCACAGCCCAAACGCUGGUGAGGGUUCUCUCUCAUGGAGGAUACCGCAAGAUCUUGGGCCUUGAAGGAGAUGCUAGUUAUCUCACCACCGAGAUGUCUACAUGGGAUGGAGUAAUCAUUACCCCAUCUGAAAAAGCCUAUGAGAAACCCCCAGAGCGCAAGGAAGAGGAGGAUGAAGCAUUGGAGGAAGGUGGAGAGGGGGAAGAGGAAAGCAUGGAGACCCAGGAAUAAUGCAGUAGUCUCCGACGACAACGUUUCAGCCUGAUCGUUUGUAUUUAUGUUGGUUUUUUAUAGAUCUGUCUUGUAUCUACAAAUUUUACCCAUAAGUCCCCUGCAUAAUGGUUUCUGUACAUCAGUCUGCACCUCCUUGAGUAAAAGCCAUGGUUGGAAAGGCACACAGCUAUAACAAGGACCAAAAGGCAAUGUCCCAUUAUUCUGUCUUUUCACCUCAGCUCAUUCUGAUAUGGUUAUAUCUAGGAAGGAGACUGGAAAUUACUUUCUUUUUUUUUUGGUUUGUAUUUUCAUCUCGUAUGGUCAAUUAAAGUUUUUAUUUCCCCCUU